AUGACUGGUGACUCCAUCUCUCGGAGGGAGAAGUCAGUUACAGUUGAGCAUGAAGAAUGUUUGAAAUGUGCAGAUUCCCGGGUGUCGGAUAAGAAUUUUUACAGAACGUUUGCAAGAACUAAUCCAUCAGACAAAGGGGUCGUCCGAUCCAUACUUGGCUUAUUGAGGUAUUACCGUUGGAGGAAGUUCUCCAUCGUAUCAGAACAAAGCAACCCUUACAUGACAAUAGCGAAGAGCCUGGAACAGCAAGCGUCUCAUUACCCCAACUUCACCAUCAAUCACAAAGGCAUAAUCUAUUAUGCAAAUAUUCAUGUAUGUUGCGAAGAUGGUAAGCCAUGCUGCAACGACGCAUUUGCUAAAGUGGUUGAAGAAACCUACAAAUCUACUAGAGUUUAUGUGUUUUUUGGGAGAACUGCAGACCUGAUUCAGCUAAUGACGAUGCUUCAGAUGAAAAAAGGACUUGAUACUGGUGAAUAUGUGAUUAUUUAUAUUGAUCUGGAAGCCUAUGCCGAAAACAGUUCCUUUAAAUACUUUUGGCGUGCGGACAUGCGCCAACAUCUAGUCGACAUGGCAAUGAAAGCAGCUCGUUCACUGCUAGUCAUAGUACCAAGUCCACCCCAUGAUAAGGCAUACACCGAAUUCGAGAACAAAGUGCGAGACUACAACAUGAAAGAACCUUUUGCUUUUCCCAACACUCUUCCAUUUGCCAAGCACAUCACUGAAUUUGCUGCCUACUUGUACGAUUCAGUCAUCUUAUAUGCAGAAGCUCUAGCAGCCACACUAGAAGAAAAUGUUGACCCAAAGAAUGGAUCAUAUAUCAUUCAGAAAGUUAUUUCCCGUGGCAUUUACAGAAGUGUAACCGGUGCCUGGAUGCAUAUUGACGAAAACGGAGACGUCGAAGGAAACUACACAGUCCUAGCUCUUCAGCCAGCUCCACAUAACCUGUCACUAAAAGGAUUUAGGGGAGAGAAAAAUCUCUCGCAUGUAAUGUUACCCAUGGCUAGGUUCCAAUACGACGAACAAUCCAACGAGCCGAUAUUUACACUGUUGGAUGUGGAAAUUAAUUGGGAUGCACCCCUUGAUGAACCUCCUUGCGGUUUUGAUGGAAGUGUCUGCGUUGAUCCACCAGGACCUGUCAGAGAAGUCAUAUCCGGUAUCCUUUUCGUCGCCCUCGUCAUUUUGUCAGUUGGUUGCUGGAUAAUGUACAAGAAAUGGAAAUAUGAGCAAGAAAUUGCAGGAUUACUAUGGAAGAUAUCGCUACCAGAUGUACAACGUUACGGCUCUGAUGGAAUAAUAUCUUCUCUAAGUAAGACGAGCAUCAACUCUCAAGUAUCCCUCGAGUCAAAACUAACCGGGCAAACAUUUACCCAAACGGCCUUCUACAAAGGAACCUUAGUAGCGACGAAAAUUCUGAAGUUCAAGAGUAAAAACAUUGAAAUUCCAAGAGAAUCGAUGAAGGAAAUGAAAACGAUGCGAGAGCUACAUCAUGAUAACAUUAACCCAUUCAUUGGAGCUUGCCUGCAGCCCUACUACAUCAUUCUAGUCACUGAGUAUUGUGCCAAAGGGAGUUUAAAGGAUAUUCUAGAAAAUCCAGAUAUCAAGUUGGAUCACAUGUUUAUAGCAUCACUAGUUUUCGACUUAAUCAAGGGAAUGAUAUUUCUUCAUGAUUCUGAUUUGAAAGUCCACGGGAAUUUAAAGUCAUCCAACUGCGUAGUCACCAGUAGGUGGGUUUUGCAAGUCACUGACUAUGGUGUGCGAGAACUUUUCAAAACAGCUGAAGAGGAGAUGUUUCUUAAUUACGAUUGUUACAACAAACUGCUUUGGAAAGCUCCAGAGAUUCUACGAAAUCCAUCAGAAUACCCCAAAGGGACUCAGAAAAGUGAUAUAUACUCCUUCUCGAUUAUUCUACAUGAAAUUCUUCUGCGAAAGGGCCCGUUUGGAAUAUCUGGUUUACCCCCUGAAGAAAUCAUUGCUAGAAUUAAAGAAGGACCAGACAAAAUUACAGGAAGAUUAUUUCGUCCAACUCUUGAGGAAGCUGAAGUUCAAGACUAUGUCCUUCACACCAUGACAGAAUGCUGGUCUGAAAUCCCGGAAUUAAGACCGGAUUUUCGGCACAUAAAAGACAAGUUAAAGCGAAUGAAGGAUGGAAUAACUUCAAACAUCAUGGACAACAUGAUGGAUAUGAUGGAAAAAUACGCCAAUAAUUUAGAGCAACUUGUAGAAGAAAGGACAUCACUGUUGGCUGAGGAGCAAAAGAAGACUGAAGCUCUUUUACAUCGAAUGCUACCGAAAUCUGUGGCAGAACAGCUUAUGAGAGGUGAAGCUGUUAGUCCAGAAUCAUUUGAUUCCGUCACAAUUUACUUUAGUGACAUAGUGGGUUUCACUGAGAUGUCUGCUUCCAGUACACCCAUGGAGGUUGUUACAUUUCUCAAUGAUCUGUACACAGUAUUUGAUUCAAUCAUUGGCAACUAUGACGUGUAUAAAGUGGAGACCAUUGGAGAUGCUUACAUGGUAGUGAGUGGUCUUCCCAUACGAAAUGGCGAACAGCACGCAGCAGAAAUUUCCAGCAUGGCUCUGGACUUAUUGGAAGCAGUGAAAACAUUCAAGAUACGUCACAAACCUUCACAGACUCUGAAGUUGCGAAUCGGGAUUCAUUCAGGACCUGUCGUCGCUGGUGUCGUCGGUUUGACAAUGCCAAGGUAUUGCCUUUUUGGAGAUACUGUUAAUACAGCUUCUAGAAUGGAAUCAAAUGGCGAGCCUUUGAAAAUUCAUAUCAGCGAGCAAUGUUGGAAAGUGCUGGAACGAGUUGGAGGUUAUGAAGUACAACCACGAGGAUUGGUUAAAAUGAAGGGUAAAGGUGAAAUGAAGACGUACUGGUUAAUAGGUCAUGACAUUAUAUCUGAGAAAAAACGGCACAUUUUAAAAACUAUCAUUCUUCCUCCACCACUCUUCAAUCUCCGGGAGACAGAGAACAGGAGAAGAAGCCCCAAAACAGAAUUUCCACGGCGGAAUCCUAUCACACAACCACAUCGUUCUGUAGACGAUACCACAGGUCUUCCAAACGGUUCCAUUCCUUCAAGAGGAAUGUUCCUUCGAAUGGCUCAAGACAGUCCACGUAUUUCAAAACGUGCUUCACAGACUAUAAUUCAAACCAGAGACACUUUCCAAGCAGAGCCCUGGGACGGAAACGAGUGGGGGGUGAACGCUGCAUACGAUGGAUCAAAUAACGACAAGACAAAAGACAUUGCGCCACACAUAGAACGUAGUAGAUCGAACGUGAAAGAUGUUGAUAUGAACUCGGUUACAACGAUUUUCGACGAUUUGACCAAACCGUUGAUAAAUAUCGAAAAGAAACAAGUUGAGAACUUCCGAAAUUUGAAUCUUAAGAAACAAUCGUGGAAAAAAUCUUGGUCCGCUGAUGAGUUAGACAUGCCUAAGAUGUCUUUAAAAGAGUGGUUCACGAACACUUUCUGCAACAACGUUGACCAUCCUGAUGUGGAGUCGAGGCCACAUGCGAAGAACACUCUUCAUACUGUCAGAGAAACGGAAAAGGAGGAAAGUGCAGUAUGA